GCUGUCAUGGCGGCGGGCUGCGUCUUCCACAGAACCCUGGUCCGAUCCCAGUCCAGACCCGAGUCCAGACCCGAGUCCAGACCCGAUUCAGGUCAAAACCAGUCUCCUGUUGUGUGUCGGGAACAGCUGGUAGUUUUGGAUGUGGAACGUUACACCAGAGACCAAAGUUCAACCCUGUGCUUCCCCCAAAACAUCUUCCAUAGUCCAGAUCUUUACGAUUUGACUCUUUUUGAUGGUGACUGUCUUCUGCGAGUCUCGUUGGAUCCAUCUCUCAACCGUUUGGUAGAAAAACACAUUCUUUGUCAUGGAUCUGUUAUAAAGAGCACAACCUUUAGGACCAGCUUGGCACUGCAGCUCCCAGAAUGCUCCACUACCCAGGACACAGAACCCGUACCUCAUACAGACAGUUUCAGCCUGGUCUCUCUGGAGGUCUCUGGUCUUCAUCAGGACCUGGAUCCUGGUCCAUUGUCCUGGUUUGGGUCUAGUCCUGGCUCAGAUUCUCAUGUUGGUGAUGCUGGAGUUUUGCCGCUCAGAGCCAAACGCAGUGUGUUUCUGUCACUAUGGAACAACACCGAUCCCCACGGCAACAACUGGAGACGGACCACACCCACUGAGCAAGAGGAGGAGUCAGAUGAGGAAGAGCAAGAAAGUUUGGCUCCGUCUGUGUCUGUAGAGGAUCUCAAACUCAGAUUCUCAAGUUUUUCUGGUGGAACGUCCCAAAAGUUGCUCAUCGUUCGAAUCCUCCAGAAGUCUGCUCUGAUGUACUAUGGCCGAACGGAGCAAAACUGUGCAUGUCCUUUCAAGGCCAUUCUGGAAGUGUGUGAUGGAUCCGGCAGCGUGUGUGUGGUUCUGUGGAACAGUGUGUGUCUGGACUGGUACCUCUGUCUCACGCCCGGUGACAUCAUCAGCCUGCGACGCUUCAGAGUCAAACCACUGUACCAGGGACAGCGCCAGGACGAGAUCGAGAUCAGUGUGAACAGCAGGAACCCCGCAUCUCAGAUCAGAAAACUCUCAGAAUCCUUUGUGUCUCCAGAGCAUCUUCCCCCAGAGCCCACCUACUCCUUCUGCUCCAGUGCGGAGCUGCGCCACAAGCCUCAUGGGGAAAUCUGUGAUGUCAUCGGUUUGGUGAUGUUUUCAGGAAGAAGUGAACGGAUUCGCUCCAAAGAUUCUCAGGGUGCGGAGCUGUUCUCAGAGUACCGUUGGCUGCAGUUGGAGGAUGGCAGCUGCAAUCUGCCAAUCACAGUGAAACUUUUUGCGACAUCACAACCCGAAGUCCACAGACAACUGCUCCCAAUGUCAGUCGUGGUCUGCACUCGGCUCAAACUAGUCCGGACUCUGGAUCAGACCCAGUUCUACCUCACAAAUACCAACUACACCCAAGUCUACUGCACAGGUUUUGGACACCACUCUCAGAUGCCCUAUCGCAGACUGAAUCCAGUGAAGUGUUUCUUGAAGUGGCUUCGGACACAGGAUGACGGACAGGUCCUCAGCCGCGCUCUGAUUGGAGGAUUCUUCGUGUUCCCACACCCUCCCAUCACUAUGGAGGCCUUCAUGAAGUCACGCAGAGUUGCACCUUCAGUCCUGCAGGGAGCCGAGCUGCGCAGGGAGCUGGACCGACUCUGUUACCGCGAACGACGUAGCUUCUGUUUCCAGGCAACGGUCUCCGCGGUGACGCACUGUCGCCGGGGGCAGGAGGAUCAGUGCUUGUCCUGGUCUCUAACCCCACCCACUCCCUUGGCCACGCCUCUGUCCUCUCCUCUCAUUGGCUCCACUCCUCGCCCUGACCAAUCCCCUCGCUCCGUCAGAAGUCCCUCCUCUUGCUCGUCAUCACCUGCCAAUCAGCUCAGGCCCCGCCCCCUGGACCACACCCCCAGCCGUUCAGUGAAGAGGAAGUUGUUCCAGGCCCCGUCUCCAAACAAACGGUCUCCGUUUGCUGCACUCCGACCAGAGCCCAACCAUAACUCAGUGGUCUUGUUCGAGGCCUCUCUGGAGUUUCUGCAGGAAUCUGACGACCGAGAGGAAGACUCCACCUCUUCCUCUUACAUCACCACAUGUCCCACCCUCUCUCCCAUCGCCAUGGAGACGCUGCCCGUGCGCUUUGACCCCGCCCAAAAAGAUGAACUGGCUGUUGCUGUGACGAUGGGCGCAAAUAUGGCCAACACUGUGCACAAUUUCCAGUUCGCUUUUGAGGAUUACUACUCUCUCAGGCUGCAAGUCCUCUCUGGCCUGUCUCUGGACGUCCUCUUCCUCCCUGACUCCUCUCCGGCUCCACUGCGUCACUCAAACUCCUGGGCGGCCAUUUUGUCACACGGCGCCUUCUCCCCCCACGGCCCACCCCCCUCCCCUGCCGACCUCAUCGCCACGGCAGCACAGUUGUCCAAUCAGAGGCUGCUGUGCGUGUUGGAGGCGUGUCAUCUGGGCGGGGCCGCGGUGGAGCUGGUUCUGAUCCGAGCGUUUAUUUUGAACUGAGAGCGCCCCCUUUUCUUCAAACGGACAGAGACGGUACUACAACCACUUUAGAGUUCUACAACAAAAUAAUUAUUAGUGGGUAGUGGAAGGAGUGAUUGUUUAGGUAACACAAACUCACCUUAACAAGUGAUUCUGUGAAGAAAAAAAUAACAAAACUGUUGUUUUAUAAAGGAUAAAGGUGCACUAUGUAACUUUUCUGGUGGUGAGUUUGCGACAUGGUUGAUAUUGUUCCUUUGCUUGGAAUGUUCCACAGUAUGACAUUAACCAUGUAGAUCUUCUAUUUAUUCAGUUAGUGUUAAUUUGCUAAAAGAUCUAACCUCAGACUUGGUCUGGUGGCAUCGUCUCUAUGAAUACAGAAACGUUUAAUGGUAAAUGGUCAUGAUUUUUAUAGCGCUUUUCCACCUUCAAGGUACUCAAAGCACAUUACAAGUGCCAUUCUGGGGAACAUUCUAGGACAAACAAUAACAUCGCCAUGGAGACAAGCAGGAACCAAAGCCUCCAGCAGAAAGUUAAUGCACCUUUAACAAAAAAAAUCAUCUUUAUUUGAUAUGAAAAUGAUUUAGGAUUUUUUGCUUUUUUUAUUAAGAAAUAAUAGGUUGUGACAAAACAAUUCCGAUGCACCUUUUUUUUCUUUAUUUAGAAUUUAUUUAUUACAUCUUAAAUAUUGAUGCACUUUUGUUUUUCAUAUUUAUCAACACCACAUGUCUUAUUCAGAGUUUCCAUUUUAAUGUUUCGUAUGAACACUGUGAAGUUUUGUACCUUUCAUUUAUUUAUUACACAUCUAAAAUAUUUUUGCACUUUUGGGUGAUAUAAUUUAAACUUUUUCUUAUUUUAAUUGAUUUGAAAUCAUCUUUUGCAUUUGUACGUUUAGCGAGUUUGACUUGUUAAAAAAGAACACAAUUUUAUGUUGAACAAAUUUUGCAAUAAAUUUGACAUUGUUUGACCACUAAUUACUGACUAGAGAGAGUUCAGGGUUCUUCCUGUGUCUGAGUGACUUUAAUCUGACUUUCCCCAUCAGACUAAACUUUACAAUCACCCACACUACUCCUGACAGGUUCAAAGUAUCUUACUCCAC